CUAUCAACCCAGUACUUACUGCCCAUCUUUUCUUCUGCUAUUUCCAAUCAAAACCCGUUUCAGAGAGAGUCGAGCAGACAAGGCGAUUGCAAUGCCUCUCCUAAGUAAAGCUGGGAGUAUACUCAGGCAGACUGCAAACAGGCAGAUCAAAUCUGAGUUAUCGAUCCAUCAGGCAAUAAGAUGCACAUCAUCCAUGGCAAGCUCAGAAGCCUUAAGAGGUACUUCGUAUCAGACUGAUCAACAAAGUCUGAGGAAAGCUUUUGCAAAAUCUGGUGAAGUUGAUGGAAAAACCUUCAUGGACCGUGAUACUGGAAGAUCUACAGGACUUGGAUUCAUUACUUCUCGUGCCAUCCAGCCCUUGGACGGGCAGGAGCUCCAUGGUUGCCAAGUAAGGUUGAAUUAUUCUACUGAUAGGCCUCGAAGUAAUUUUGGAAGUUGUUAUGGUGGUUACACAGGAGGUAUAGUAGGUUAUUAUGGUCAACAUGGUUCUGGAUAUGGUUUUGGUGUUGGUUAUGGUUUGAGGUGUUAUGGAGGUGGAGCAGGUGACAAGUUUUCAUCCACUGGUAAUAGCAGCAACUAUGGUCCUGGUGCAGGUGUUGGUAGUGCAGUCAACUCUACUAUUGGUAGUGCUGAUAAAUCUGGUGUUGGUCAGAGAAACAGCUUUUCCAGUGGAGCUACUGGAAACACUGGGGGUGGAUAUGAAAUUGCCUACACCCGCAGUGGGGCAAGCACAGCUGAUGAACAUGGCAUCCUACCCAAUACUCUUCGUCCAUUAUCCCCCCAUCUUCCUGUUUACAAGCCACAAAUCAAUUCGACACGUUCAAUACUUGACAGAAUUGCAGCAUCUUACCUAACCGCUAUAAUUUUGCUGUACUAUCUUGUUUGUGUGAAAAUGGGUUCUAUUUGCUUCACUUUUGAGUAUUUCUACAAAUUCCUCUUUUAUUCAGCAAGCCUUGUCCCCCUCUCCCUUGAGCUUUCUGCUGUAGCAAUGGCCUAUCAUACUUAUUAUGGGAUCGGUCAUCUAUUGAACGACUUUAAGGGUUUUAGGUUUCUUAGAUUUGGAAAGUAGUGAAAUAAGUGGAAACAGUUCUGAAAAUGCUAGCAGGGAAGGUUUCAGCAAUAGGAGUAAUAAUGGUGCUGUGUGGUGUUGGCAGUACAACUUCAGUGUAGGGAGGCAGCAAUAACAGCUUUUCCAGUGGUGGACUAUGACACUGGUUACUUUCUCAAGAGGGUUGUGCUUUUCUGCAGUGUUACAAUUAUAUUAUGCACUUCUUUUCUGUUUUGGUUCUUUUUGGUUAAUGUCCCCCUCCCUGAUUCUGAGAACUAUUUGUUUCAUCUUUGUUGGAUUUGGCUCUGUGAAGUAUAAGGCACUUUUUUUUUUAA